UUUCAAUUUCAAACUCAAAACACAACUUCCCGAUUCUGCAAGCACAAAUGACAGAUGCCUACUAAACGACAUACUAAUUUAUUACGUUGAAGAUUGUUUUCAUAUUAGAAAAUGACAAGCAAAGUAAGAAUAUAUACUAUAAAGUACUAGUAGUUUGUUGUUGUAACUAUAGUAAUACUAUAGUAUAGUUUAUAUUAUAUUUAAAAUUCUGUUACUGUUACUUUACUUAAAAGUUACUUUACUGUUAGUGUUAUAUAGUAUAAUAUAUAUAGUAUAGUUAUAGUUAUAGUCAUAGUAUUAGUCAUUAGUAUAGUAUAGACCAGGGGUCGGGAACCUAUGGCUAUGGGCACUAUGGCUUGCGAGCCAGAUGUGGCUCUAUUGAUGGCUGCAUCUGGCUCGCAGACAAAUGUUCGUUAAUAAAAAUAAAAAAUUUAACUUUAGACUCCUUUGACUUUGAGCUACAUAUAUUAAAUUGCAUAUCAUCAACAUUUCAUUCUACAAAUGAGCUAAAGUCUACUUGAGCUCAGCAUCAGAAGUGGAUUUUUUAGUUUUCAACAUAAAUGUAUGCUCUCACAGAAUUACUUUUCAAAAUAUGUUAUGUGGUGUCCAUGGCUCUCUCAGACAAAAAGGUACCUGACCCCUGAUAUAGACUAUAGAUUAUGUAUAAUACUUACUUUACUUUAGUCGUAAUAUGAUAGUUAAAAUAAUGUUAUUAUUGUUAUUAAGUUAAGUUAAUGUUAUUAUUAUUAUCAUUACCGUCUUUAAAUAAUAGUAGUAAUGAACUUUUAAAAUUUAAAGAAGUAAGAAUGCUAAGAAAGAAGUACUAGAACUUAACUAGAACUACUAAGUAAGUAGUAGAAUCCCCUCCUUAUUAUUAAUAUUAUGAAUUAAAUAAUUACCCAAUUAUUAAGUUAAUUAUUAUCACUGUCAGUGUCAGUAUUAUUAUUUAUUACUUUCAUUGUUUGAAAAAAAAAUAGUGCAGUACCGGUACCCGGUAUCAAUAUCCUACUAUACUGUCUAUACUACUAUGUGAGGCUAUUCAAUAUAGUAUAAAGUCAUAAUAAAGUAUAAUAAUAAUGUAGUGUUUUAUACUAUUUAACUAUUCUUAAUAAUUUCCUAAUCCUAGUUAGACUAUUUUAGUAUUCCAAAUCUAUCCAAUCUAUCUAUGAGUAUUACUAGUAAUUGACUUAUAAUAAUAAUAAUAAUAAAGUUUAUUUGAAAAAAAACGCUUCAUCCCCAAAAGCUCGAAGCGCAGUACCUUGCUUACCUUAUUUCCAUUUCUCCGCAAAUGCCAGCACAAUGAAUAGUUUGAGUGCCAUCGUGUGGAACAUUUCUUGUUAACCUAAGCAUUACUGCUGCACCUACAUGAAACUGUAUGAGAUAAUCUGCGCAUGUAAAUGAAAUCUUCCCAAAGAAAAUUGUUCAUAGGGAUCUCUUUGAUGAGCUAACUUAUGUGAAACAACUUUUGUCACCUGCUAAGCUGGACGAAUGGAUCUCGCAAAAGAUAUCUGAUAAAAAAUUGUCGUUUGGAAACCACUCGAACUGGCCGCAUUUUUUGUGUGUUGAGGAGCAAAUUGUAAUUUCUUAGGCUCAAUAACACAUCAUCAGUGCUGUUCUGACCAUUUGAAUUUAUAAGAACUUUAUUGCCAUUAAAAUUAAGAAAUAUUUUGCAACAAAAUAUCUAGGCCUUUUAUGAUUUUUAUUUUUUAAACUGGUAUAUCAAAGAAACAGAAUGUUGAUGCCUAUUGAUUUUGACUACCCCCUCUCCCUUGUCAACAAAUUGUCCAACUUUUCCACCACCCCUCCCCAUUUGGUUGCUGUAAUUUAUGGAAGGCCCAUACAGUUUUUAAUAUUUCCGUAAAAAAAAAAAAGCAAUUACUUUAACAAAAAUGGGAAGAAAUCAACUAGACACCUUGUAAGAAAUUCAUUAAUGAGAAGUCAGUUGCUAUUUUUGUUAACUAGAAACUUAUAGUUUGGAGAAAACGAAGAAAUCUUAAUACUUUAUUCUCUAAUGCAAGUUUUUAACGGUUGCAUUUAAUUUAUCCCUUACCUAUCUGGCUAUUUCUUGAGACCUAUUGCUUUCACAUUCUCAAGCGUACAUGGAUGUGGUCCAUGAGGCUAAUGACUUCAAAGUCUGCGAUCAUAGUGUAUUAUUGUUUUCCAGUUUUUUAAAAUAAAUAAACUUGAUUUUUAUAUGAAAAUAAAGUUGGUUAUUCAGUAAAUUUAGAUUUUUGUUUGCAUGUGGCCCAUUAUAGACCUUAAAAAUAUGUUAAUAGAUGUGCGUUGCCAUGUGACUCGGGGAGAAAAGUUUGCCCACUGUGGGGUAUUAUAUAUAAACUUACUAUUUGGGCUCGAGUUUAUUUUCUGAACUACAGACCUACUGAUUACCUCCAACUACUAGUCUAAAAAUCUGCUUCCUAUUUGCAAAUUUAUUUGAAGCAGAGACAGAGUUCUGCUUCAAGUCAAAGGAACAUGAAUUCCAGUCAGAUGUCUUCAUUAUCUCAGAGUCAAAGUCAGUCUACUCAGUCUCGUACUGCCAAAAAUAUAGAUCCUGUGGAAAUGGAAAAGAAAGUAAGAAUUUUAUUUUUAAAUGUGAAAGAUGCCAAAUAAGGGUAUGUUAUAAAAAUAAUCCUUUUUGGGUUAGACUCAGAAGAUUUCCUUACCUUAGUUAUGUCAUGACUUUACUUAAACUAUAGUUUAUGUCUUCAACUUGAAAUGGCAGUAUACCCAGCAACCUUUGUCGCCAGUUUUUUUAAAGACAAGCCUGUGUGAUAAACUGGUGUCUCAUUCAGUGAAUUUAAAGGCAUUUGAUUAAAUAUAGAUUUAGUUUUAGAUUUUUCCCUUAUACAUUAGUUGAGUAAACCACUGUAUAUAUAUAUGUGUGACUUGUAUUUUUUACAUUGUCUGUAUAUAUAAAUAUAAAAGUAGUUAUGGGACUAGUAUAUCAUUAGUAAACUCAUGGCCUAGCAUAUAUCUUUAUUCAGCCCCUGGACUUGUGCAUUACACAGAGCUAAAUACAUGACAAUUUUUAUACUUCCAGGUGAAUGAGCUUGUUCAAUAUAUGUUGGUUAUGGACCAAAAAAAAAUUCCAAUUAAAAAAAGAGGUAAUUUAAAAAUAACUCAUUGUUUUGUACUACAUUUUAGAUAAUAAACAAAUGAUUUUUAAUGAAAUCUACAAGUGAUAGUUUUUAAUGAGAUUUACAAGUAAUAGUAUUUAAUGAGAUAUAGAAGUGGUAGUUUUUAAUGAGAUCUACCAGUGAUACUUUUAAUGAUAUCUUGUGCAAUAUUGUGUAGCUUUUUUUUAUUUAGUUUUGGUCGUGGAAGACAUUUAAGAUUUGAUGGAUCCAACUGAAUGUUACAGUACCAUGGAUUAUUCUUAACUAGUCAAUUUAAUUUUGUAAUUUUUAAUAUUUAUUUUUUUGUACCUAUCCUAAACAAUAAGUCUCAAGCCUGUCAUCUUGCUAUGUCAUUAAAAAAGCUUUCAAAUUCUAAUUGUUAGUCUAUUGGGAUCUCACAUUAAUUUUGUCUGCUCUUCUAUGUUAAAAAUGUUUUUUUUGUUGUGUCUGUGUAAUUUCAAGAGUUUAUGGGGUAGAUAAUAUUUUGUUUGUAUUAGUAUAUGAAACAAUUUAUGAAAAAGCCACAAUUUUUUAAAGAAAAUUUAUUAUGGGUGCAUUUGUCUCUAAUAAUUUAUUGAAACAGAAGAAAGUUAUUGGUAAUUUUAAUUUUCCAUACAAUUCAAAUUAAUGAUUUUAAUUAAAUUAAACAAUUGAAGACCCUAUUGCUAAAAGUACUUUACCUUCACCAGACCUGUGAUUUCCCUGCUUGAGAAUACUGGUACUCCAUGGGUGAAAUCUACUAGUAUAGAUUUAUAUAGAGAAAAAAAUGGAGAAUGUAUGCACAAAUGCGUAAAAAAUAUACAGAAACACUACUAAACAUACAUCAUACUGACAGACUGCAUAACAUUGACAUGAUUUGAAUGAGAUCUACAAAUGAUAGUUUUUAAUGAGAUCUACAAGUGGUAGUUUUUAAUGAGAUCUACAAAUGAUAGUUUUUAACGAUAUCUAGUGCAAUAUUACCGGACCUGUGAUUUCCCUGCUUAAGAAUAUCGAUACUCUACUAGUAUAGAUUUAUAGAGAUUAAAAAAAUGGAGAUUGUAUGCACAAAUGCAUACAAAAUAUACAUAAACACUACUAAACAUACAUCAUACUGAUAGACAUGCAUAACAUUGACAUGAUUUUACGUUUUAAUUAAAAUUUAAUUUAAUUUUGUUAUUUCAAAUUGUUCGCAAAUGGUGAGGGCAUGCUCUUAACACAUUGGCAGUUGACAUUUUACACGAACACCUAUUGUUUUUCUGUCAUUCUUGGAAGGGCAAUGUCCUCAUUUCUUCUGUUUGGUCAAUUGAUUUGUAUGUGUUUUUUUUUGUGACCAUAGAUGCACAUAUUUCAGGAUUACCUGUAAGGUGUUGGAGAGACUGUUCCAUCACAUUUGUCAAGAAAUGACUUACAUUUGGCAGCUGCAUCCUCUUCUUGGUGUUUGCUGUCAUCAGCUACCUUGCACUCUCCAUGAUAAAACACUGUCCAUUGUCAGCGUGGGCCAGUUUGCUUGUCUGGUUGUGUUUUGACCACAAAAUCCUUGAGGCAAGAGCACCCAAAUCUAAAAUAUUGUAAAACAUUACCAUUGGACACCACUUUGUUUUAGAUUUGCUUGUAAAGGAGGGUGGCCAUUUUGUCCAUGUAGUCAACGUCACCUUUGUCAUUAUGCAUGGUGCUCAACAGUUUCAAAUUUUUGUUCAAUUUUGACUGAUACGAUACUAUGGUGGCCACUUUUGAAAAUCCAAAAAUUUAACUUUUAAUCAUUUAACUUUUGAUAUUUGGGCUGCUGGAACUGUUGAGGUAGAAAUAUUUUAUUUCGUCUUACUGUCCCACCAAUGAUGAGGCGUUACUUUGUGAGAUCGUUAGCUAGCUUCAACUCUGUGAAGAAGUUGUCAGUUGUGAUAUUGCGGCGACUGUCUUUGAAUGGCUCAACACGUUCCAUAACUGUUUUUGCUCUGAGGUAUUUUGUCUUGCUGUCGUUUCCUGGUCGAGGUGCCUUUUUUCUAAAGUACGGCUUCCCUUUCAACGGAUAAGAUGUUUCUGCAUCACAUGUCCAGAAAAUUUUGAUAUUAUACUUAUCUGGUUUGUUGGGUACCUGUAGGUAUUGUAUGAAAGAGCACCAUCCGCAAAAUGAGAGGAGUAGCUUGUGAAAUGUGAUGUUACUGCUGGGAACAUAUUGUCAACUGUGAUGUUACUGCUGGGAACAUAAUGUCAUCUGUGAUUUUACUGCUGGGAACAUAAUGUCAACUGUGAUGUUACUGCUGGGAACAUAGUGUCAACUGGGAUGUUACUGCUGUUAACAUAGUGUCAACUAUGAUGUUACUGCAGGGAACAUAGUGUAAACUAUGAUGUUACUGCAAGGAACAUAGUGUUGGCUGAGAUUUUUUUUAAAAAUAUCCACCUUUUCUCUAAUUAGGGUUAAUUUUUCCUUGGCUUUUCUUUGUGUCCUUGUUUUCUUGUGUUGGAAUCGCAAGUGGUUUAGGAGUGUCACAAAUCUUUUCCUUGACAUUGCUACUCAAAGCCAGGCAUUGCCUCCAUUUGUAUCAAACAGGAGGGUGGUAUUUGUGAAGUUUUGAUCAAUAGCACCAGCAUAAAGGUGGCAUCCAAGGUUAAGCCUCUGUUUCAUCUGAAUUUGUAUCAGUCCACUCUUCUUUAUUCAUUUUUAUUCCUUCUGUGUUUGUACAAAUCACUAUAAUGUCAAACAUUUUGGGUGUUAUGUAUUGCCAAAAAUCGGUAAUCAGUUCCUCGAGGUAGAAGAUUUUCUUUUUGCCUAAUUUCAAGAUAUUAUUCAGUGGCAAGGACAGUGAGCGAGUUCCAAUGUUUGAAGUAGACUCAAAUCAAUCAGGAUGAUGCCCCUUGACUUAUGAGUUGUGUUUUAGUUUCAUGCAGUCAUAUAUGGUGAAGAUGAAAGGUUCAUAUAAUUUGUAUAAUUAUAAUUGUAAAGCUCUUAUUUUUUUCUUCUUCGUUUGUCUCAGGGUACUGCCCACCCACAGGGUACUUACAAGUAUCGAUUUUAUCGGCAAAAAGCCAAUAAUCUUAAAUUUCAAUGUACCGUAAACGCUAUUUUUUUGUGUGCCCAUUAAAAAAAAAUAAUAAUAAUAAAAUGCUUGGUAGAUGAAGCAUUUACUAAGGCCCAAUAGGCUUGGCCAAAAAAUAUGCAUAUGACAGAAAUUUAAAACACAUAGUUGGUGGGUUCCAAAAUCACUAUAAACGUAUCCGGUUUAGCCAAGUGUACUGCAUAAAUUUGAGCAUGUUAAAAUUUGCUUAUGUCCCUUAUUUAAACAAGAAAGAUGAAAUUUUACAGAUAAAAAUAAUAUUUUAACUGGAUUAUCUGAAAAUGUGAAGUUUGUCACUUAGGUACUUUUAGCAUUGAGGACUUCAAUUCACUUUUUUCAGAUAUUAACAGAGUUGUACUUAAGGAUUGCAGCAGAUCAUUUGCCAGAAUUAUGGAAGAAGCAUCUUCUAAAUUGUCGAAAGUAAUGCAGCCUCACUUUUAAUUAUAAGGGAUUUAAAUACAGUAAUAAAAAUCUCUAUGUAACCAUUAACUUACAGAAUAUUUCUUUUUUUAUUCAUGAUUUAAAAUAAUAUUAACAUUUUUUUCCAAAGUUUUCUGAUUGUUUAUAUUGCCAUAUAAAUUUACUUAUUAGCUUUAGGAUAUGUAUUUCUUAUUAGUUUAUGUGUAUGAUACUGUCAUUACUGGUUCAACAAAUGUAUUAAAAAACAGAUAGGGGUAAAUUGUCAAACAAAAAAAUAAUUUCAAACAUUGUUUAUUUCAGGUGUUUGGCUUCAAAGUUGUGGAACUUGAGGGUAAAAUGAAAGAUUCAUAUAUUAUUAUCAAUGAAAUAAAUUUUACAGAAAAAGACACAUUUGUAGAAUGGUAAGUUUCACUGCUUAAUAUUAUGAAAACUUCAGCUGAAAGUUUAAUAAAAUUGUUUCUCCUGGGCAUAUGUUUACAACUUUGUCUUCUUCUUCUUCUAUCUUUAAAGGGCCCGCGAUCAAUGUAUUGAUCAUCCUGGCUCCUUUGUUUUCUUCAGUUAAAUUUUUUUUCAUUAAGUAAUUGAAUAGUAUUAGUAAAGUAUAGGAUACUGAAUCAAAAUAUAGUUGUGUUGGUGCCCAAUGCAAUGUGGUCCCAAAUACACUGUAUUGCCAGAGGUACUUAUCUGUUUCACAUAUCAGAAAGCCCCACAAAUAAUUAAAGUUUAAAAAAUAUUAACAAAUAAAAUUUCGAAAAAUUAAUAAAUUGAAUAACUCUAAAUUCUACCCCUGUGUAAUUUUUUGUUUAGAAAGUACAUUUUCACUAUACAAACUUUCUCUUGCAGGUCAGAAGAAGAUGAUACUAAAAUGGCCCUUGUCUCUGUUAUCCUGGGUAUGAUAUUUAUGAAUGGAAAUGUUAUCCAUGAAGGUUAGUCCUAGUCUGCAGAUGUUUAAAUCAUUUCUCAGCAAAUAUUUGUGAAAAUUAAUUGGCAAUACUUCUAUCCUAAUUGAAAAAAAAAUGAACUGCAUGUUGUAUUAGUGAUAAAAUAUCUGGCCAGAGUUACUUUUUAAGUGGGAACACUUUUCUGAAUUUUAGAAUAGUUAAAAUAAAAUGAUCUAUUUAAUUUUUGUUUGCAUCAUGUAGUAAAGAAUAGACUAUUUCCAUGUUUUCAGAUGCUCAAUCAGAGGUCUUAUAAUGACUGCAGACUAUUUCCAUGGCUAAAAAUCAAUUAGAAGUCUUUCCAAUUAAUGAACUAGGCCUAGUUCUUGCUUAGAGUCUAAAGUUUCCAUAAAUUAUUUAUAUCUAUAUAAACUUAAGGAUUAUUAUUUUGAUGGUGGAAGGCCCAAAUGUUGAUUGAUUUGAGUAUGCCUGUAUAUAAAAUCAACUAUCAGUAAAUUCAGCAAAAUAUCUUUGAAAUGCCAGAAGAACCAUCAGUAGUACCGGUAACAUUAAAAAAAAAAGUUUUAAAGUUAAUAAUAAAAUAUGUCAUGCACCACAUGAACUGAUUUAUAAUAUUAAAUGUCUAUGCAUUUUAAGAUUGACUAUACAAAUUAAUCACAAUACAGUACUUUCUAUGUUGUACAAGAGAUAGGUGACUGUUAGUAAUGUUAUUACUGGUACAGUUGUGGUUUUUGGAUAUUUUUCCUCAGAUAGUGAGUUGUUAACAGUAGUUAUAUACCAGUACUACAAAAUCAAAUAUGUAACAAAAGAUCAAGUGAAUCUAAUAUCCAGGCAUAAAUUGAUAAAUAAAUAAAACAACUAAAAAAAAAAUAAUUCAUCCAAAUUAGCAUUAAAUUUUAAUGACAAUAAUAUUUUAUCCAAAAGAAUGCCCCACAGAGAGAAGAGUUCUCAGUGUAACCAUAAAUGAUUUUUUAUUUUUGGACACCCAUGGCGCCAGAAUGAUUUUAAAUGACCUGGUUUUAAAUUGUAAAAUACUGGUAUGUUGGUUUUAAAUUUGAAAAAAUUGUCCCCUUAGGCAUGAAUAAAUAUAGGGACAUAACAUGGUAGAACAUUUUGGAUAGAAAUAAGCCUAUUUCUUCUUAAACAUGUUUUCUCCUGUUUAAAGCAUUGUGUAUACAUAAUGUAUUAUUUUUUAAUGUGAUAUAAUGUAAUGACCAUCUUUUUUUUUCCCUUAAUGUUAUAGAUGAUUUAUGGCAAGCUCUCAAAAAGCUUGGUUUGAGCCCAGAGUAAGUUUUACAGACAUAAUUGGGAACCGGUACAACAAUGUUUUAAUUUUUAACACUUUUACAUGUUUUUUCAAUAGAAAAGAAGAAGUUAACAAAAAAAAAUGUUAAUUGCAGCUUAUAGUAAACGAAUUCUUGUGUUUUAUCUGUAACCUAUUUAUUUAUGAAGAUUAGUGAGCGUCAGUCUAAUACUAAUAAUCUACUGUAGAGCUCAGCAACCUUUUUUCACUUGUGGCGCACCCCAGGCCUUUCCAUGAAAUCUGUGGCACAGCACAAUUAAAAAAAUGCAAAAUAUGCUAAAUAAAAUAAUGUACCAGUAAUUAACAUUCAUUAUGGCAUGUAAUUGUAAUGCUGCAAGCUAUUAUAUUACAGUACUGCAAGGUAUUAUAUUACAAUGCUGCAAUGUAUUAUAUUACAGUACAUUGCUGUCUCUAUCAACUGUGUAUUGGACAUGUUCUGCUAUAGCAGAGUUUGACAGCUUGUCAACAAUGUUUGCACAAUGGUUUAUUAUGGGCCUCCUUAUACUUAUACUUUGUAAUUUUCCUCCUCUUUGAGGCAUUUUAAGUGGCACAUCUGGCAUCAUCUCAGGGCACACCAGUUAGCCGCUGCACACUGGUUGCGGAGCUCUGAUCUUGAGCACUGAAUAGUUUAUUAAGAUGAUUUUUUCCAUGUUGAUCAUUUAGAAAUAGAUAUAUAAAUAAAAUUAAGUUUAAUUAUGGAUAAUCAUCUUUAAAAUAAGGAGUGAAAGUGCAAUGAAAUAUAGGAGAAUGUUAAUUCAUCACCAGUGAAAAACACAGCACCUUUGGUAAUGUUAAGUCUUUGAUAAUGGAAGACUUUGUGAGGCAGGGCUAUAUAGAGAUUGUACAACAAACCACGCAGGAACAACCAAUCAAAGACUUCUACUGGGGACAGAGGGCUAUAUAUGAGCUGAGCAAGCGUAACGCCCUUGAACUUGUAUGCCAAGUAAGAAAAUUUGAUUAUGUCUGUAGGAUCCUUUAGCUUUAGAUAUGAAUUUUCUAGUUCUCUUAGCAGGAAAAAAGACAGCAGAAUAUUUAAUUUAGACUUCAUUCACAGAAUAAUUUAAAAUUGUACUGGCAAUUCAGUGAGCUAGAUUACUUGAAAAACAAAUGAAUUUAUACAAUAUGGAAUAUUUUUAAAAAAGUCUCCCUACAAGCCCACGAUAGGCCAGUGGGAAAAGGGUAGAGCUAAAAUCGUCGCCAUGGAAGCCUUCGUCUCAGACGAAGGCCACCCUGUCUCUAUUCAGAAAUGCACCUUAAAAGCAUGAUAUAAAAAAACAUUAAUUAUUUAGUCUUUUAAACACAAUUUGUGCCCAUAUUUUAAGACAGGUAAAUUAAUCAAGAAAGCUACUAAUUGAACUUAUUCAUCACAUAGAAAAGAUUAUUCUGACAGCUAUUUUUAUCAUCACCCCCAAUUAUCAGAAGGGUUAAGAAAUCUGACAGUUUAGAUUUAAAAUAUUACAUUAUGAAUUUGAAAUAUAAAUUACUUAUUAAAAUGGUUAGUAACAAUUUAUUUUUUAAAAUUUAAGAGUUUUUUAUUUUCUAAAAAGAUAAAUGAAACAAAGCCGGAAGACUGGAUACAUCAAAGUCAGCAAGUAGAGCAAGAUGAAGCUGCUCCUUCAACAGAAGUUGAGCCAGGACCAAGUGAAGCAUCAAUGUCAAUUACAAGUACAGCCUCAACUAGCAGGUCUAAAAAACGAUGAUGAAAUGCCAGCUCUUGUUGUACAGUGAUUAAUUAUUAACAACCAUUGCCACAUCAUCAAGAUAUAAAUAUUUUAUUUAUUGUAUCUCUCACCCCUGAUAUUGGAUUAAAUUUAUAUCACUAGCCAAGCUACAUAAAAUCAAACCAUUUAAAUUGUUAUGUAUCUUACUUUGAACAAAGUUUUAUUAAAUGCAGUUAAUUCAGGGAUAUAAUAUUAACAACAUAAUUAGUGGACUGCCUAUAAGCAACCGCACAAUUAAUCAUUUGCAGAUAAACUUAUUUAUAGAUAGUAGAAUAUUCAAUUUUAUAAAUUAUAAAGGCUUUGAUGUCACCAUGAGUUUAUCUUUUAAUAGACAUAAUGAUGUUAUUUGUAUAACGGUAAUAACAGCUCAUUAACAGUUUAAUAAAAUAUUUAUGAUUACAUUUCAUAGCACAUACUCACUGCAC